AAUAAAAUAGUGAAGUGGCUUAAAAAGUGAUUAAAAAUACUUAAGUAUAGAAUAAUAGAUUGUGCGUAAAACAUAAUUUAAGAUAGAUAUUACACGUUUCACAUGCCUAAAAAGUCAAGUGAAGUUUAUCAAUUCUCAUAUUUGCGUAGUCUUGUCGCCUCCGAAAAUAAUAUCAAAGGCAUUGUUUAUAUAAAACUAAUCCCCUGAUGAAAUGUGACAAAAGAUUUACUUUAGUUAAAUAAGAUUGCUUUAUUGUUCCUCUCCCAGUCAUCACUACGCAAGACUACACGAGUUUUGUAUCAUAUCUGUAAAACUGUUCGUGGUGAUAGUGUUUUGUUCUGGAAAAAGAGGAAAAAAAACUGCUAAAAUGGGUGGAGUUGUGUACCAAAUCCAUGCAUCUGUUGCAUGUUCAUUCGGCUGCUUCCUAAUGGGCAUGCUCAACACGUGGCCAUCCUACACGCUGGACCUCUACUCCCACCCAAACACGACACUCCUGGAGCGUCCAGUCACAGACAUGGAGGCUUCGUUGGUGGGCAGCCUCCCGUCGCUGGGCGCCAUGGCGGGGUCGGCGGCGGCCGGGCUGCUGAUCGACCAGCUGGGCAGGAAAAGGGGGGGCGUGGUCAUGAUGCUGCCUUUUGCGAUAUCCUGGGCAAUAGUGGAGGUAUCCCGCUCGGCUCUGCCCAUCCUCAUAGCCCGCUUCGUGUCCGGCGUGGCGGGCGGCGCGUGUCUGGUCUUCGCGCCCAUCUUCAUCAGCGAAGUGGCUGAAGACUCCGUCAGGGGAACCCUGGCUUCCUGUCCGAUAGUGCUGUACUGCGCGGGCGCCAUGUUCUCGUACCUGCUGGGCUGGUUCAGUCGGUACCACGCCAUCGUGUGGGUGAACCUGGCCACGUCGGUGCUGGGCGUCGUGCUGAUGGGCACGGUAGGAGAGAGCCCCGUGUUUCUGCUCAAGAAGAAUAGGGAAGAGGAGGCGCGCGAAGCCAUCGCCCACUACCGCGGCGCGACGGCCAGCUCCAAGCUGGUGCUGGAGGAGUUCAGUCGCCUCAAGCACCAGCUCUGCCCUGCUGUCGAGCUCAUCACCGUUACUAGUGCUGAGACAGAGAAAACCCCUGAAGAGUCUGAGAAGGAAAAGCUGAACGGAGAAGAGACGGUCGCCAACCAGGAGAAGUCGAUGCAGACCGUCGUGGACACCGUGGAGCCCCGAAUGCCCGCGUGGAAGAUGCUGUAUGUUUCGCGAUCAUCUAGUCAAGCAUUCAAGGUCGUCGCCAUCCAUCUUACUAUGCAGGUGUUUAUGGGCAUAGUCCCAGUGCAAGUGUACGCCAAGGAGCUCUUUGCCACCGCCGCGCCGGACCUCUCGUCCAACCUGUGCUCCGUGCUGUUCGCGAUAGUACUGCUCGGCGGGAGUAUCGCCACCGCCGCCGUGGCUGACAAGACUGGACGUAGGUUCCUGCUCAUCAGCUCGUCAGUCCUGGUCGCCAUCUUCAUGGCAGCCCUGGGCUUCUCACUCCAGACCCACCUGCAGCCGGCGUGGAUCGCGGCGCUGCUGAUCCUGCUGUACUGCUUCUCGUUCAACUGCGGCGCCGGGACGGUUCCGUAUGUGCUGCUGGCUGAGGUGUUUGUGCAGGAGGUCCAAGGCCUCGCGUCCAUGAUCCUGAUAGAGCUGGUCUGGUUCCUCAACUUCGUCAUCAUAGCAGUCUUUCCCUUCGUGACCAAACUGCUCGGAAUCCACGGAGUAUUCUACGUCUUCGCCGCCAUGGGCGUCGGCAAUGCGCUACUAGGCUACUUCAUCGUGCCAGAGACGAAGGGACUGUCAAACCAGGAGAUCCAGGAAGCCUUCUUAAGACGGACGAAGAAAUGAAGGGUUUAGGUUAGGUUUUAGGUCUUUGAUUGGAUGGUUUUGUGUUUGGUUGGAGAGAGAUUUGAAUGUAAGAUGGCUGGAUAGAGUUU